CUCAAUUGGUAAGAGUGUCAGUCUGGUAUCUCAACACUACUGACAUAAACAGUUUGAUACUAGUGAUCGCGAUCGUCACUUCGCUUUGUUUGUCCCCUAGCGAGCGAUGUUCUGCCCCGUGCUACGCUAUGCUGUCUUCACUGCAUCAGCCGGACAUUCGACUCGUUUGGCAUCAUGCAGGAAAGACACCAAAGAUUUGACCUCCGCUAAUGGGGUCCCGUUGCACUUAAAUCCCGAAGCAGCCAUCCGAUACCACGAUAUUUGCAUCUCGCACUUGCUGGAGAUAUCCAAAGAUCCAAGAGAAGAAUACAAUGAGGAUGUUUUGACCGCUGCUACAAUCCUGCGGUUCUAUGAGCAGAUUGAAGCCCCAUCCAUAGGCAACCCCGACACAUAUCUCAAUGCCAUUCAGUUCAUCGUUAACACACAGCGUGAUGAAUUUUUCUAUACCUACCAAAAUAUUCACGGUCCUUCACGUGAUUCGACUGUACACUCAUCCCCAUCUGUAUCCUUGCGUCACUCUGCCUGUCUCAGUGCGAUGCGUCAGGAAAUAUGGAGCGCGUUCCUCCAUCAGCGGCCAUUUCGGUUCCCCGUCUCCCCAAAUAAUGACUAUAGUGUGUGUGAUCAGGCAAGCGAUUUUAUAUGGGCCAAUAGGAUUGGUGUCUGGGUGGCUGAUUUGCUGAUCUUUUGCUUCGGCAACUGUCAGCUUGGCCUAGAAGAACGAACACAGCGCUGGACGGCACUGAAGGCUGUCGAACAACGAUGGAAGCAGGCGAAGCCCCCGGCCUUCAAACCCAUUUACUAUCGUGCUCGGGAUCCUACCAUCGGGAAAUACUUCCCGGACAUCUGGCACAUGAACGCUUCCCAGAUAGCCGGAGCUCAGCAUGUAGAACUUGGCCGGGUCCUACUGGCAGUCUCCGACCCAGCAAAGGCCUCUCGACUGGGUAUGGGUGCAUGGUCAUGUAGCCAAACCCUUGCAGGGGAGCUCCGGGACAUCACGCGACGGUUGUGUGGAUUGGCUGUCUCCAACCCGCCUUGCCCAGCGGCAUGGGUCACCGCAAUGGUGGGGAUAUCUGUAUGUGGGGAGUACUUUACCGAUGCUGGAGAACAAGAAGCACUGAUUUGGCUAUUACAUCGGCUAGAGUAUGACUAUGCGUGGCCCACGGCAACGACAGUGAAGGCAUUGAGGAGUGCAUGGGGGAAUACUACCUGAUCUGGGCAGGAAUUAGGUGUCGGGUGGUACCUUUGUUUGGCUGGACAUGAAUCCAUGCAGAUCGUAAAAACGGAGUCUCCACGGUGUCAGACAUAUCCAGAACGAUGCCAGCAUUGUCAGUGAUUCCAAUCACGACUGCAGUUG